AUUUUUCCUAUUCUCUGGCUACUGUUCGAAACAGAUAAAGUUUAUAUAGCCAAAUAGCUUACUUGUUCUGACUUUGGCCAAACCAAGACUCUGUAUUCGACGCUCUAGAGAAUAGCUUAGAAUUAAACCUGUAGGAAAUUGCUCCCUACAAAGUUUCGAACAGUAUCUCAUCAAAGUUUCGUACAUUGGGUACCUUUAUAUGUCUAUGGAGAGUCGUAAAACUGAUCAUAUUCCUGAAUUGUCUCCUCAUUAUUCAGAAACCCAUAGUGAUGACCAGCUCGGAGGAAAUACCUACCGAAUGGAUCCCUUGUUAGAGUUAGAAUUAGCUAAAGUACGUUUAGCUCAGACAGAAAAGGAAAUCGAGCUAGAACGGUUACGCCAAAAAGGAAGAGAACAUUAUAAUCAAGUUAUGGCUGACAAGGCGAUGACGUAUGAGUCUACAUCUGUCGUUGAUGUUCCUCCUGGAAAAGACUGGGUAACAAUGAUGUUUAGAGCUUUAGACCUACCAAAGAAAGAGAUUGUAAGGUUUGAUGGUAACCCUAUGAACUAUUGGAGCUUCAUACGGAAUUUUGAGGACUGCUUUGACGAGAGCAUUGGAUUUCGAUCUAGGUUAAACUAUUUGAUCCAGUACUGUGAUGGUGAAGCUAAAAACACUAUUGUUCAUUGCGCAUUGCUUGAGCCAGAAGAAGGCUAUCGUAAAGCACUAGAUCUUCUCGAGGAAGCAUUUGGUCAGAAACAUAUAGUAGCUCAUGCAUUUAUUGACAAGAUGCUGAACAUCCCUGCCAUUAAAGGGACCGAUCCAUACAAUUUAAGAAGGUUGUCUCGUGAGAUGCAUAUUUGUGAGCUAGCACUCACGCAGAUGAACUAUGUAUCUGAUCUUAAUUCUACAAAGACUAUCGAAUGCAUGUUUUUAAAACUCCCGUUACACCUGCAAAGAGAAUGGGUUAAAGUUGCGUGUAGAAUUCUUAAGACAGGCAGAGAACCUUCAUUCAAGGACCUUUGUGAAUUUGUGAAGGAGCAGUCGGACAUUGCUAAUACUAGGUACGGCUUACUUGUCAACCGCGGUAGUAAUAGUGGCAAUAAAGAUGUUGGUGUUUUAAAAAAGAAAUUUAGUACGGAUUACAAUGCAGCAAGAAUAUCUUAUGCGAGUGCUAGUGAUGGUAAUGCUCUCUUACGCAGUUCAUCUUGUUUGGAGUGCUCCAAUAAUCAUUCCUUAGAUCAAUGUCAAAAAUUUAAAGACAAGAGUGUUAGAGAAAGGAAGGAAUUCGUUCUUAGACACAAGUUGUGUAAUGUAUGCCUGAAGGCAAACCACGUAGCAAAAAACUGUCGAUCGCCGAGGUCGUGUACUGUCGAAGGUUGUGGCUGGAAACACCAUACCCUGUUACAUGAGUUGCGGGAAGAACCAAGGAAUACUAAUAUUGACGCACACAUUAACACUCAGAUAUGUAUGGAGAAAAGUGCUGAGCGUGUACAGAAACAAGCAGCAUUCGCAAUAGUGCCUGUACUGGUGAGGAAUGGAGAAAAGGUAGCACAGACUUGUGCCUUCUUAGAUAGUGGGUCGGAUGCCUCACUCAUUACAGAAGAUCUAGCUAAAAGGUUGAAUUUAGAAGGAGAACCUAAGAUGAUUUCGUUGAAAACGUUGGAUAACCAUUCCACAAUUCAGUGUAAAGAGCUUCAACUAGAGGUUUCCUCCUUAGAUUCGUCUUCGUCAUUUAAAAUCCCAAACGUAUGGACAGUCGAGAGAUUGCCUAUAAUGCGCAGGACGGUACCAACGAUGUCUCAAAUAAAAUCCUGGACGCAUUUAAAAGACAUAAGUUUUCCUGGAGUAGAGGAUGGGAAUGUCAAACUGUUGAUAGGGUGCAACGCACCGAGUGUACACGAAAUGAAAGAGAUAAGAGCUGGAAAGCCGAAUGAACCAUUCGCCGUGAAGACUCCGUUAGGUUGGACGCUGUUCGGUUCCUAUAGGGAACCUUGUAAAAGCAAUUGUGCACUCAACCACCUCUCAGCUAAAGAGGAAUUAGAGGAUAAGUUCGAACAGUUGUACUCGACUGAAUUCAAAGAUCCAUUUAGUCGUACUUUAUCGAUGUCUGUGGAGGAUCGUACAGCAUUAACAGAAUCCACAUAUGGUGUCGCGGAGUAUACUUGUUCCGAAAAUAUCUCUCGUCAAGUUCAUUGUUCGUUUUUAUUAACUGAGUAUGAGGUUGUUAAGCCGAAAACCGAAGCACCAUCUGCUAAUAAAUCCAAAUCAACUCUAAGAAAGCUUAAAGAGAAGAAGGACAUCAAACUGAAAGUGAAGAAUACGAAAAAGCCGAAGCAGGUAGCACAUAUUCGCCGUGGUAUCGAGGAUGGUGUUGAGAAAGGCGCCCUUAUACGAGUUGUGAACAAGAGUAAGGGUGCAUCUGGUAGUUCUAUAGGAGCCAAUGCUAUUCUUAGACAGAUCAUGUGUAGUUGGAACCAGAAUAAGACAGUAAAUGCCCUUUUAGAGAGAGAUUGUGAAUGGCGCUUCAAACUUCCGAGGGCUAGUCAACGAGACAGUGUAUGGGGACGCAUCAUAAAGUCGAUAAGAAGAAUUCUGCGAUCACUAUUGUUUCAGAAGAUAUUGAUGGAUGAGACUUCGAGAGACUUAGUGUUAGUAAAAAAUGUUUGCUCACCGAGAAGUCUAUGGUUCAAAGCUAUUGUUGAACAAGUAAGCUAUGGCUCUGACGGACAAGUUCGCACGGCAAAGUUGAGAACUUCAAACGAAGAAAUCGUCAGAGAUGUGCGAAGCCUAUGCCUGCUGGAAGAAGCCGGUUGUCUGACGGCGACGACGGCCCUGGACAAUGGACGUGGUGCGCGUUUCGGGGGGAGUGUAAAAUGUGAUCGAUAAACGAACCCACCAAUAAUAAAGGGAAACGCCCACCACCACAUUAACUUCCUUUGACCUUGUACGACUGUAUCUUUUUGUUAACCAAUCACAGUUUAAUGUUCAUUGUAAAACAAUAUUUGCUUGUUGACUCAUUUUUCCUAUUCUCUGGCUACUGUUCGGUAUGUUAUUGUCUCUUUUUCCGUGUAUUAAUAGACUGUACUGUUUCGUUUGCACACUAACGAUGUUAAUUUAUGUUUUAGAAACAGAUAAAGUUUAUAUAGCC